AUAGCUGGAAGGGUCUGAUAUUUCUUAUACUUUUUUGCCAGUUAUACUGUAUUUGCUACACAUAUGGAAGCUUUAUCUGAGAUGACAACCAUAUAUCCAAGUGUAAAGGUCCUUCAUUUUGAAGUUGACUUGAGGAACAACCACUUAGAUUUUAAGUUUCGUCUAAAGGAUGGGCUUACACAUGUACCACAUUAUGGCCUUCUAUUGGCUGGAGUUGCUGGCCUGCCUAACUCUGUGGUUGAAACAGCAAGAGACAUCACUGCAAGGAUCACAGAGAAGGAUUCAAAGAGGAUGACGAACAACUGUGAGCAGCAUCACUCGUUGCAAAUGGCGUACAGGGUUGCCCAAAGGCUCAUUUGCUUGAAGUAUUCCAACCAAGGUGAGGAUGACGUAAGAAGGGCUUUGGAAAAUCUAAAAGAGAGUUAUAUGGAGGGUAGGUUAACUUUUUAAUUUUUUUUAAUAAUUUCAAUUAUAUCUUUUAGGGUGACUAAAUAUAAACUUCUAUGGGUUUUUUCGAACUCAAUUGAUGAAGUUUUAAACAAACCAGCAAAGCCAUUAAUAUUCAUUUUUUUAUUUUCUCAAUCAA